AAAUAUUUAAUUCUUGGUGUUGCUAUUCAUGCUUCCCCAUGCCUUGUUCUUAGGAUUUCUUUCUAAAUUUUGGAAGCAAUUUUUGCUUACUUCUUUUGGACACUUCUCUGUUCUACAAGGAGGGGAGUGCAAGAUCGAGUUGUUUAUCAAGCAAGCUGAUGGUAAGAAGAUAGUUGAUCCCAACAAGCAGAAUGCAUUAUCUUCCCGUCUAUGGGUGGAACUGCUUCAGCCACUCAGAGUAGCUUUGGUGAGCCAUGGUCCUUAUACAGAGCUUCUGGUUGCAAAUCCUGUUGAGUUAUCUGGCAAGGGCCGGCCUCUUGUUUUUCAUGAUAUUACCCGUGCUCUCAAGAUGCAAAUGCUUGAUACUUGCAUCUUCUCGGCUGAGAUUGGGAGGCACACGAUUGGAGACCGGGAAUGGGAAGUACACAGAGUUCUACUGCAUGAAGGUGAUGGCUUUCCCAUUCCACGAGCCAACAUUGCAGAAGGAGUUUGGAAUAUAUUGAUGAGCCAACAUCACUAGUUCUGUCUUUGCCUGAUUAGAUUUUUUUCCCCUCUAAUAGCAACAUGCUUGUAAUAGAGCUCCAUUAAAAUUUUUUCAGCUCUUUCUACUUUUGAGUUUGAUUCCUUCGGAUUUGUCCUCAUCAGUAUGUCUAUUAUAUACUUAUAUCCAUCACUUCAGCAUGUGAAGCUUGUCAUUUUGAUUUUUGC